UUGGGUGAUAAUUCGACAGUUAUGUCAUGAGGUGUACCCGCACCUCAAUAAGCAGAGCUGUGAUGUUCGCUGCUGCUGCAGACCUGUCCUCUCUGCGUCCCACAGUGUUUCCCACUCUACACGCUGACAGCCAAAUGAUUUCACUCAGCGUGUCCGUUUGAAGAGUUCAUCGGGCGGUUGUCACAUCGCUGGCAGCCUCUGUCUGUGCGUAGGCUGACACAAACUCACCUUCGAAAUGCACCUGGAUAGAUCACCCUCCGAUGCAAUUAAUCCAGGAAGACGACUUCGCCAAGGGAGACUCAACGCCGACCACCGCAGCACUCCAGUCCGACGGCAGCGCCGGAUCUCCGGCCAAAAUGUGCAGUGAAUGUUACGUGAAUCAGUCAUUUGUGAACGAUGACGGGAGCGUGAACGACCACAAGCCACGCUCAUCCCCAGCCCCACUCCAGACCAAAAACAGCAGCCGCAGUACUGGGGUUAUCUUAGACAUCUCUACUCUCAAGAUGGAGCAGCUAGAGAGCGAGGUGCCUCCUCUGCCGCCCCGUUUCCGCUUCAGAGACCUUCUUCUUGGGGACCAAAGCUUCCCGAAUGAUGACAGGGUGCAGGUAGAGUUUUAUGUGAACGAAAACACUUUCAAGGAGCGCCUGAAGCUUUUCUUCAUCAAAAACCAAAGAUCAAGCCUCAGGAUUCGUGUGUUCAACUUUUCCCUGAAGCUGCUCACCUGUCUGCUGUACAUCAUCAGAGUGAUGACAGACAACCCCGCUCAGAGCGCAGGCGCCAGCCACAGCGCUGCACAGCAAAACGCUCCCAGUGGCAACAACAAAUGUGUCGACUGUCAGUGGAACGGUUCAGUGCAGGACAGAGAAAUUAACUGGGAGUUGAUCUUCUGGGUGGAUAGGAAGCUUCCUGUCUGGGCCAUUCAAGUGAUUGUGGCCAUCAUUAGUUUCCUGGAGACUAUGUUACUAAUGUAUCUGAGUUACAAGGGGAACAUUUGGGAGCAGAUAUUCCAGGUGUCCUUUCUUCUAGAGAUGAUCAACACAGUUCCCUUCAUCAUUACGAUUUUCUGGCCCUCGAUAAGGAACAUUUUCAUUCCUGUGUUUCUCAACUGCUGGUUGGCCAAAUGUGCUUUGGAGAAUAUGAUCAACGAUGUCCAUCGAGCGAUCCAGAGGACCAACUCGGCCAUGUUUAACCAGGUCCUCAUUCUGAUCUGCACCCUGCUCUGCCUCGUCUUCACUGGCACGUGUGGGAUUCAGCACCUGGAACGAGCAGGCAAAAACCUCUCCCUCUUCACUUCGUUCUACUUCUGCAUUGUCACCUUCUCCACUGUGGGCUUCGGAGAUGUGACUCCCCGCAUAUGGCCUUCCCAGUUACUGGUAGUCAUCAUGAUCUGCGUGGCCCUGGUGGUGCUGCCUCUUCAGUUUGAAGAGCUGAUCUACCUGUGGAUGGAGAGACAGAAGUCUGGGGGGAAUUACAGCCGCCACAGAGCACAAACAGAGAAACAUGUUGUGCUGUGUGUCAGCGCACUCAAAAUAGACCUGCUCAUGGACUUUCUCAAUGAAUUCUACGCUCAUCCACGACUGCAGGAUUACUAUGUGGUGAUCCUGUGCCCAACUGAAAUGGACCUCCAGGUGCGAAGGGUGCUGCAGAUCCCUCUGUGGUCUCAAAGAGUCAUCUAUCUGCAAGGGUCUGUCCUCAAAGAUCAGGAUCUGCUUAGAGCCAAAAUGGAUGAUGCAGAGGCUUGUUUCAUAUUGAGCAGCCGUAACGAGGUGGAUCGCAUGGCUGCAGACCAUCAGACCAUCCUGAGAGCUUGGGCAGUGAAAGACUUUGCUCCAAAUUGUCCCCUAUAUGUCCAGAUACUCAAACCUGAAAAUAAGUUCCAUGUUAAAUUUGCAGAUCAUGUUGUUUGCGAGGAAGAGUUCAAGUACGCCAUGCUGGCUCUCAACUGUGUUUGCCCUGCCACCUCCACUUUGGUCACACUCCUUGUACACACUUCCCGUGGACGAGAAGGACAGCAAUCCCCGGAGCAAUGGCAGAGGAUGUAUGGAUGUUGCUCCGGCAACGAGGUCUACCACAUCAAAGUGUGUGACAGCAAGUUCUUUGGAGAGUACAAUGGCAAAAGCUUCACAUAUGCCUCCUUUCAUGCUCACAAGAAGUAUGGUGUUUGUCUGAUUGGUAUAAAGAGGGAAGACAACAAGAGCAUCCUGUUAAACCCUGGGCCACGCCACAUCAUGGCUUCUACAGACACAUGCUACUACAUCAACAUCACCAAGGAGGAAAACUCAGCCUUCAUCUUCAACCAGGAGGAGAAGAAGGGUGGUCCUGCUGGGGGACUCUUUGAUGGGCCUUCACAGCUUCCUGUCCACAGCAUCAUUGCCAGCAUGGGUACGGUUGCCAUGGAUCUUCAGAAUACAACCCCUCCUGACGCCCCAGUAGGUAAACUGGUCCCACCUACAGUAAAUGGAACUGGAAGUCGUAGGCCGAGCAUUGCUCCGGUUCAGGAAUUAGCAGACUCUGCCUCAAUCUUGCCAUGUGACCUGCUAAGUGACCAAUCAGAAGAUGACUCGGUCUUCACAGAUGAAAAAGGCCACUCAUCUACAGAGUAUGUGAAAGGUUAUCCCCCUAACUCUCCGUACAUUGGGAGCUCGCCCACCCUUUGCCAUCUGUUGGCUGAAAAAGCCCCGUUUUGCUGCCUACGUCUGGACCAGGGGUGCAGGCACAACAGCUUUGAGGAUGCCAAAGCGUAUGGGUUUAAAAACAAGCUCAUAAUCGUUUCAGCCGAAACAGCAGGGAACGGUCUCUAUAACUUCAUAGUGCCUCUCAGAGCCUAUUACAGACCCAGGAAAGAACUCAACCCUAUUGUCUUGCUGUUGGAUAACCCGCCUGAUAAUCACUUCUUGGAGGCCAUCUGCUGUUUCCCAAUGGUCUACUACAUGGCUGGAUCCAUAGACAAUCUGGACAGCCUGCUCCAGUGUGGGAUCAUCUACGCCGAUAACCUGGUCGUUGUGGAUAAAGAGAGCACCAUGAGCGCCGAGGAAGAUUACAUGGCUGAUGCCAAAACUAUUGUCAAUGUGCAGACAAUGUUCAGGUUGUUUCCCAGUCUCAGUAUAAUCACAGAGCUUACUCACCCAUCCAACAUGAGAUUCAUGCAGUUCAGAGCGAAGGACUGCUACUCAUACUCUCUCUCUAAGUUGGAAAAGAAGGAGCGUGACAAAGGCUCCAACUUGGCCUUCAUGUUUCGCCUACCCUUCGCUGCAGGCAGAGUCUUCAGUAUCAGCAUGCUGGACACCCUGCUCUACCAGUCUUUUGUGAAGGACUACAUGAUCCUUAUUGCAAGACUGCUGCUGGGGCUGGAUACCACCCCAGGAUCAGGAUACCUGUGUGCUAUGAAAGUAAAAGAGGAGGAUCUGUGGAUUGGCACUUACGGGAGACUGUUCCAGAAGCUCUGCUCCUCUAGUGCUGAAAUUCCUAUUGGGAUCUAUCGAACUGAGUCACACAUUUUCUGCACUUCUGAGUCGCAGGUGUCAGUCAGCGUUGAUGACUGCGAGGACACAAAGGAUAAGGGGGACGAGUCUCGCAACAACGACCCAUCCGAUCACCCCCUGCUGAGGAAGAAGAGCAUGCAGUGGGCUCGGCGUCUGAGUAAGAAAAGUGUGCGGUGGCAGGGGGCGAGCCGGGAUUCGAGCAAAGAAAACGCCCAGCGCAUUGCCCAGCAGCGCCUCAACCUCUACAGGCGCUCUGAGAGGGAAGAGCUGUCAGAACUGGUCCGCAACCGCAUGAGGCACCUGGGCCUCCCCACAUCUGGAUAUGAUGACCUGACAAAUCUGACAGCCAGUGACGUCAUGAACAGAGUUAAUCUGGGUUACCUACAAGAUGAACAGAACGAUCACCAAAAUACUCUCUCCUAUGUCCUUAUUAACCCAUCUCCUGACACUAGGCUGGAGCUCAAUGAUGUUGUCUACUUGAUUCGUUCGGACCCUCUGGCUCACGUCCCCGAAGAGCCUCCUGUCCACAGCAGCAGCCUGAAAGAGAGACACGAGUCCAGCAUGGACACCAGAGAGGACACCCAGCUCUGAUACCCUGCCAACCUUUAUUGCUACACUCAUUAACCCAGCUUCAGCUUCUGUGGGGGUCUCGCUGCAUCCAUGCGGGUCCAGUCUGAAAGAGGACAAUUUGUGCUACAAAGUUUCAGCACCUGCAGUCUGCCACUGUAUUAUACGAGUGCCUAAUGUUUGUCAGGUGACAGCUGAUGUCAUCAGUGACAUUUUCAUCCUCUUGCCACAAACUCUGUAAAAAUAGUGUGUUGAUAUUUGUGAGAGCUCUUUUUAAAUGAGCAGUCAGGGACAUGCUUGUCACUGAAAGCUACAGAACUCUGGCGGUUUGGUUUGAAGUAUCGUUAUUAGAAAAAUUGUGACAUUGAAGUUCAGGAUUUAAUCCUCUUUCCUUGCUUUUUUUGAGAAUAUCAGGUGAUCAUAUUUUGAAUUUCCCUGGAUACACAUUUUCUGUUUACCACCACUCGCAUAAACUCAAGCGUAACUUGCAACACUACAUGACUCAAAUAAAAAUAUAUGCUUUAAACUCUCAAAGCUUAAUUUUUGCAGCUGAAGAAUAGAAGUAGAUUUUUAGUGGUGUAGAUUAGUAUCAUGUACAAAUAAUGGUGGUUACUUAUAUGUUUGCUGCAGUGCAUUUCUUAGACUGGAUGAAGUAUUUACUACUACAAGAGCUUAGUUCAACCCUUUAAACAGGCUGUGCCAUGUAUUCAAUAUUGUGCCAUAAAGUAUUUAGUUGAUUAACACUAUAUUAGUAAUUAGAGAGCGCCAUUUUUCUUUCAGCACCGCUAAGUGAAACACUUUUGCUUCAUAAUAUACAAUUGUGGUUGCUUUGGCCUAAUGUAAGAGUCUUUCUGACUCUUUGACUUCGUACUUAUUUGAGUGUUGAACUUAUUUAUACUUGAGUCUUAUUUUAUUCGCACAUUAAAGUGCUGUAUUAUGAACACAACAUACUGAAAUGAUUUCAAGUUGCCUAUAUUGUUUUUUUUACUAUAGAAACCUGUCUAUUAGUAAGCAAUGACAUUAAAGGAAUAGUCUGAUGCUUUAGAGACUUUGCAAGAAUUUUGAGAAGAAUGCUACUGCUUAAAUUGUUUUAAGAUAAUUUCAUAAAAGUGUUAGCUUACUUUAAGAUAAGCACCAUAAAUGGGGGGAGCAACUAACCUGCCCGGAGGCCGCAACAGACUGAGCUAAGUAACAUGUUAAAUCUAAUUUAGGCUUUUUAAUUAUUUGAAUUGUGAAAAUAUCAUUUAUGGAUUGUUUAUUGUGUUUAUACAAGCCUUUGUUUAUUCCUUCUUCUUCUUCUCUCAACCCAGAGCUAGUUAAUGAAUAAACCGAAGAACAAACUUGCACCUCUAAAUGCACAGACACAAAUCACUUAUGUACCUGCAUGAAAAUAUGGGACAUUUAAUACAUUAUUUAUAGAUUAUUAAAGUCCUAUUAUUUAAUAAAACAAGUUAUUGGGA